ACCUUCCAUCCCGUUACCUUCUUCCUCUUCGCCGAGUCUAGAGCAUUUCACCAGCGUCAUCCUAGAACAUUAUCCAUUUUCUUCCCUUGCAGAGCGAACAGGAUUUCACUUCGUCUCAGAUUCUUCCUUUACUUCUCUCUCACAAACCUCCAUCUCCUCGAAUCCGCGAACAUCUACUCCUCCUCUCUGUUACUCCAUGGCCUAUGGCCCUGUUAUCGUCGGGGAUGGAGUGACGUUAACAUGAAGUUGUCAACGUCGCUGUUACCUGAAUCAACAAUGAAGAGGAAAAGGACACACGGAAAAUAGAUGAGGAUGGCUUAACCAUAUUUUGGGGUUGCUAGCUGCGUUUUGAGCAUCCAAAAUGCAGAUCCAAACAUAAGCUGAAGGUUUGUAUGUGUAUUGAAUGAAUGGUAAAGAGUGAUCAUGGGAGCUACAGCCAUGCAACUCUUCCAAACCCAGGUGACAUCGUAAGCGAUGCUGUUACAUUGUGUAAAUGCUCUUUUAACCCCUUAUCAGAGCUGCCUAGUGGUCAAACUCACUCCACACUUCUCAUUCUUCACCCAAUACCCAAGACCAUUGAAUUGCUGGAGAUUUCGAUGUGGUUCCUCUCGUCUUUGUUAUUACAACUCUUGUAUCAAUAUAAAGUGCACACUCAACAACAAAUUUUCUUAUAGCUUCUUAGGGGACCAGAAAUCUCAUUUGAGUACUUCAAGUCAGACAGCCGCAUCAUUAGUUGAGUGCUCUGGAGGAAUUACUAAUAGACUUUCAAACAAAGCUAAGAGAAAAGCUAUCAAUGAAUCUCCUGAAGGAGUCCUAAGGCAUAAGCUAAAUAAAUGCUCUAAGGAUGGGGACAUGGUUGAGGCACUUAAGCUCUAUGAUGAGGCACGAAGUAAUGGCGUUGCAUUGAAUGCGCAUCAUUAUAACAUAGUACUUUACCUUUGUUCUUCUCAUGCUUCUGUCAAAACAGAAAAUAAGAGUGAUGAAAAUACAUUGAAUUUAGGCCUUAAAAGGGGUUUUGAGAUUUUUCAGCAGAUGCUAAUUGACGAAGUUGCUCCAAAUGAAGCUACAUUUACAAGUGCAGCCAGGCUUGCAGCUGCAAGAGAUGAUCCUCAAAUGGCUUUUGAAUUGCUAAAGCGAAUGAAAAGUUGUGGUAUUGCACCCAAGCUGAGAUCAUAUGAACCUGCCCUUUUUGGAUUCUGCAAGAGGGGUGAUACAGAUAAAGCUUAUGAAGUUGAUGCAGACAUGAUUGCUUCUGGGAUUAUGGCUGAAGAGCCUGAGCUUUCUGCUCUUCUAAAACUCAGUGUUGGUGCAAAAAAGGAAGUCAAGGUCUAUGAAAUGUUGCAUCGUUUACGUGCUACUGUGAGGCAGGUGUCAGAAUCAACUCUUCAAAUUAUUGAAGAUUGGUUCAACUCUGAACAUGCAGCAAAAGUUGGAGAAAAACAUUGGGAUGUUAACAUUAUAAGAAAAGGGAUUGCUCAGGGAGGUGGGGGAUGGCACGGGCAAGGAUGGCUUGGAAGCGGGCAAUGGAAGGUGGUGAAGACCCAUAUAACUGAUGCUGGUAUGUGUCUCUCAUGCAGCGAAAAGCUUGUGAGCAUUGAUAUUGAUCCAAAAGAGACUGAAAAUUUUGCUACCUCAUUAACUAGAUUGGCUUGCCAAAGAGAAGCUAAGGCAAACUUUAACCAUUUUCAGAAGUGGCUUCAGCGACAUGGUCCUUUUGAUGCAGUUGUAGAUGGUGCCAAUGUAAGCCUUGUCAACACGCAAAAUUUCAGCUUUUUGCAGCUUAAUUCUGUUGUGCAGCAAUUGCAAGAAAUGAGUCCUUCAAAAAGAUUGCCACUUGUAAUCUUGCAUGUAAGUCGGGUCACUAGUGGUCCUGCUCAGAAGCCACAUAAUAAGAAACUGUUAGAAUAUUGGAAGAAAAAUGGUGCUCUUUAUGCUACACCUCAAGGUUCCAAUGAUGACUGGUAUUGGCUGUAUGCGGCUGUUAGCUGUAAAAGCUUGUUGGUGACAAAUGAUGAGAUGAGAGACCACUUAUUCCAACUAUUAGGUUCUAGUUUUUUCCCAAGAUGGAAGGAAAGGCAUCAGGUUAGACUGUUAACCUCAAAUAGUCGGCCUUCUCUCAUCAUGCCUCCACCAUAUUCAACAGUUAUUCAGGAAUCAGACAAUGGUAGUUGGCAUGUGCCAACUGUGAGUGAUGAUGAUUAUGAGACCCCAAGGCAAUGGUUGUGUGCUACCAGAUCCAGAAAUGUAUCAUCACUACGUCAAUUGUGGACUUCUUCCUCUACAUCCAUGGCUGCAUAGGAAAUGGGGUUUGUGAAGUCUUUCAAUUUUGGUUCCAGCUCUGAGAAAUGAACGAUUUAGAUUUUUUUUUUUUUUGGUUAAUUUGUUAUUACAAAUUUAGUAUCUUUAAUUUAGAACGAUAUGUAAAGUAAACAUUUUUUUAAACUAUUUUUGUUGAAAUUAGAUUUUAAUUU